AUGGAUGUGGCUAUUGAACAUGAUAUCCCGGGAAAUUUCAGUGUCUCUGCUUAUAUUUCAGCUAAUAUGCAAGCUGUACCAUCCUGGCGAUCGAAAACAGUCUAUUUCUCUGUCGUAUCCGAUGCGGAAUUUAAUACUCAGAUAUCCGACCAGAUACGAGAAGAAGGAAAACAUUACCCCGAUUUUGAUCUCAGCAUUAUUGAAUGGGCAAAGCAACAGCAGUACCGCCAGGAUCAAGAACUCCUUCAGCGACUAUCACAGGAUGCAAACGAGUUUAAUUCGUCCGUUGAUGAAUUAAAUGGAGAAGAUUUGAUACUUGUGGUAGGGAUUAAGACAGCAGUCGCUUCAAAUUUUGUCAUUCGACAGGCUAUUCGGCAGACAUGGGCCAGCAAAGAUACACUGCCUGCUGGUGUUAAAGUAUUCUUCUUAGGAUGCCGGCCAUUCGCCAAGAUUCGCAGCGAUUCUCUUGAUGACGACGAAGUUGAUCGUCGUCGGCUUUGGGGGGCCAUCCAGCUUGAAAAACUGGUUUACGGUGACCUGCUGACGGACGAGUUGGAAUGCGAUGAUUCGUACGCUGAUCUCCCUGGAAAAGUCAAAGAGUUCAUGCAUUUUACUGCGACGAAGUAUGCACAAGCUCAAUACGUUAUGGUCGCCGACGAUGAUGUUUAUGUGCGAGUGGAUCGAGUCGUACAGCAGUUAACCAUUAAAGCACCUACUAUACGCUUCUACAGCGGACAAGUUCAUGCCAUUGAAAACGCACAGAAGGAAAAAUUGAUCCGCGAAAAUGAUGGAAACUACCGAUAUUUUCUGAGCAAAGAGGAUUAUCCAAUGACCAAUUUGCCUCCAUUUGCCAUCGGGGCGUAUUUCUUUCUCUCCAUGGAUUGUGUCGAGUUUAUAUCAAAGAAUCGAGAGCAUUUGAUGAAUAUGGCGGGAAUGGAUGAUAUGAGCAUGGCGCUAUGGAUGCUGGCAAUCCAGGUUCACGCUCAGCCCUUUGGUAAGCUGGGGCAUCUACGUAGUGGUCACUGUACCGACGAUCUCGUUGUACUCGGUGACUUAUCUCCGCUAUCAGUUCGAAUUGUACAUAAUAAUCUUCUCCAAAUGCGGCGACUAUGUCAUGGGUACAACUAUCAUUUUUGGAUGAAGCCGAAAAAUCUGGCACCGUCAACAGGGUAUUCAAGACUACUGGACCAGAUUGAAACGCUGAAAUUUGAGUUUUCGCUGCGUGACCCAACAGCAGCGCACGGUCUCGAGAUCACCAGCACAAUAUCUACAGAUUCUUCUGCAGGAAUCAAGCUACUUUACUUUCCAGCACUCGAGACGCAGCUUAAUUAUCACCGUAGAAUGUGUGGUGCGGUUCGCCUUAACUUCCCAGGAGCUGCCAGCAACUUAUCCUGCCAUGUAAUCACGCAACUAGCGCAAGAUAAAUUUCAGAUAUUUUACGAAAACGUCAAGAAUCCAGAUUUCAUCGAUUUGUCGCGAAUGGAGCUGUGGAGAUACAAUUUAUUUGACACAGAUAUCCACGCGCCGCCUUUCAUCGUGGCGUACACUCGAACUGCCUCAUUCUCGAGCGUUUUGCUGGAAUGCCUCUUCGUUUCCGUGUUUGCUGAGCAGAAACGCCCUCUUUUAGUCAUGUCCGAACAAAUUUUGCAUCGACACUAUCGUAGACUUCCCGAUGUGUUUGUAUUCAGUAUCAUUGAUGAUAACUGCAACCCAGUGAGCACUCCUGUCUGCCAGAAGAUGAUUGCAGAUCAUUUCGAGCGUUAUGUAAACUGUAGCACAACUUUUCCAACGACAACAAACAGAUCGACGCAGCUGGUGAUGAUUUCAGGUGAAGCAUGGAGCACUGACGGACUUGACGAACGAGUGCUGUUGAUCUCGACAUUGGCCAGUGCAAAUCGAACCAAACAUGUUUAUCUUCCGAUGGCGAGUAUCUCCUUUGCAGAACGUCUAGAUCAUGGGCCGAUGCCAUUGUUGUCUAUGUCGGAAUCCAAUCGGGGAAUGGAAAAACAAAAGUUUUGUGCGUAUUUGUACGCACGUUGUGACAGCAACCGUGAACUGAUGUUUGAUCUACUUAAUUUUCUUCGACCUGUCGAUGCUCUUGGAAGCUGUGCGGGAUCUUCACGGCCUCCUGAUUCCGCGAAAUUGGCUUCACGUGGUGCCAUGUUCUACAAUGACGACGCAGUGCGGCAGUACGCGCCAUACAAGUUUGUGAUUGCCUUUGAAAACACACGCACGUCUGGGUAUGUUACCGAGAAGCUGGUGAACGCAUUUCUGGCGGGUAGUGUGCCGAUUUAUCUGGGAGACUCGAAAACAGUGUCACAGUUGUUUAAUCCUGCUAGUUUUAUCGAUUGUGGACGCUUUGAUGACCUUCAAGAUUGCGCCGAGUUUGUCGUAGAAGUGGAUAACUCGCCCGAGUUGUAUAGUCGGAUGCGUCAAGAACGACCUGUGACGAACAUGACCGCAUUUUACCAGGCUUUCUCGUGGCACCCGGCUGUAUCAAGUCGAUAUAUGGCUGAUGCUGUGCUACGACAUCUCAUCAGAUAAAUUCUAAUCGAACAUCAAAUCUCUGUUCAUCUCGCUGUACUUAGUAUCUAGCACAGAAGGACAGCAGUAUAACACUUCUUGCGAGAUCAUGGUUUUGUCUAUGCCAGUAAUUACACGAUGGGGAC